AAAGCCAAAUGAACAUUUUAGAAAGGGUAAAAACAGAACAUUUUGUAUCAUAUUGCCCCAUUUAAACGUUCCCUCCUUGUUCUCCAGAGUCCUGCAGGAUCUCAGCCCCCAUGUGGCCAAGGUGUUGGGCUCCUGCGGUCACUUCUAUGCUGUCGAGUAUCUGUCAGCCGGACAUACGUGGGACCAGAACAUCUUCUCCAUGGAGGAGGUGGUUGUUCCCAGGAUGCUGGAUCAGAGCCACGCUGGGGCGUCUGCAAGGUGGACCACCAGGCAGAUGGUGCAUCAGAUCGCCCUGAGCUUCUUAGACAUGGUGUGGCACUUUGACAACGAUUUCACCCACCAGCUGCACCUGUGUGACAUCAAACCAGAGAACUUUGCAAUCAGGAAGGAUCUGACGGUGAUUUGUGAGAAGAUAUUCAAGCCGUGGUUUUCUCCAUCACUCCUCGGGGCAAAAGCAGGACUCCCACUGCAGGUGGAGCUGCAGCGAGCCGUGCAGGAAUGCUCAGAAACAGAGCGGGGCGUGGAUAAAUCAGAGGAAGACGAAGCAGGAGGCCGGAGGGUCCAUCAGCGUCUCCUCAGCGUCCUGAAACGCCUCCUCAAGGAGGAGGUGGAUCCGGAAGACAUGAAAAGGACACAGGAGGAAGUGGAACACGUCCACACUGCACUGAAUUUCUGAAACGGGUGAAGAGACCAGAGCCGAUCUUCCCUCUGGAUCUGAAACUUUUCUCAUCCCGUUUCGAAACCUGGAGCUCAUCUCAAUACAUCAACAUAGAACCAGGUUUCCAGAUCAGACGUAGAAAAGUCCGGUGACACCUUGGUGUCUCUGAACAGAACAUUCCCACUUUGGGAUCACUGGGAUUCUGAGCUUGUUUGGAUGUAAUUAGUGGACUUUUACUUCUAGUCUGUGUGUAAAUAUUCUUCACUGUAAAACUGAUUGUGAUUUUAAAGAAUCUGGAACCUUCCAGAGCAGAACUGUGUUCAGACUCAGAGCCAACAGCACCUCAAGUGUCCUCACGCCUCAGAAAACCUUUACAGGUCAAACAUUCGUCUCUUUUAAAGCAGAAUUUAGUAACUCUGAACAAACAGGCUCGGCCCAUCUUCAUCACAGGCCCCUUCCCGCCACUCUGGUCACCAUGACAACCAGAGGAGCGGUAAUUAGUGACAGCAGAGGCUCGUUAGGGCCCCCGUUUGGUAUAAUGGUUAAGAUCCGGUUGUUACCAGGUUCUGCUUUAAGCCGUUAGUCUCAGUGAGAUUUAUUUUAAACUUUCUCAUUAUAGAGAAGCUCGUUAGACAUUCAAACUUAGAUUCUGUAUGCUAAGUGAUUAGCUCAAUAAAACCUCUUUCUUAACUAAAUAAAUGAUUUUUUACUUCAUUUAAUCAUGUUUCUGAGUUCUCCUCCACUGAUCUUUAAAG